AUGGGUUCCAUCGAAGAUGAUGACCCUGUCAUCUCAUCAUAUGAUGUCUUCCUGACAGACUCCGAAAUCUCUCGUUAUGUCUUCCAAUAUAUCGAUCGCCCCCAGAACAAACCCUACAAUGAACGCCGUGGCCAGAGACCGACAGAGCUUCGCAUGAAGCCUAAUACAGGCCUUGUUGAGAUGGAUGUCCCCAUCCACACCCGUAUCAACUACAAUGUGGAGAAAGGUCUGAAUUAUGGAGAGGGUAUGAAGAAAAGUCGAUCUGCUCGCGAUGGUGGUUCUUUCGGAAUGUCCGGUGGAUUUAGUGCGGGAGCACUGGCAGCUGGAAAUGCUAUGAGAGUUAAGAGCGAAGGCGGAGACGUUGAAGUGUUCGAUAACAAGAAAAUGGUGGAUACAAAGUUACUGGUCAAGACACAAGCGCUCGGUGGGCGGAUCAAGCCCCCAGAGGAGGGAGAUCCUGUUCAUAUGCUCGGAACCUUUAAAGGAAAAAACCUGCAUCUUUCUCCUGUCGCCGCCGUGGUGCAAUUACAUCCGCAAAACCACCAUGUCGAUGCUCUAGAUGAGAUGCCCAAAGGACGUGGAGCCAAGGGCAAGAAAGAUGAGGAAGAGCGGGCUGAGCCCGAAGCUCGUGCGAUCGAUGUGAAGGUUAAGGGCGCAGAAGAUGGCGGUGCCGUGCUGGCUGGGAACCUGGAUCUGCUGAGGAGAAUGCAAGAAGAGAAGUGGAAGAAAUUUGACUGGAUUGAUGCUGAGACGGAAGAAUCUUGGUACACCUACGAAAACUACAUGAUGAAUCAGCACCCCGAAGACCUUCAGCAAUUGGAAGCGGUUAUCAAUAGCGAGGCAUACCUUGAUGGUAUGAGUGCUCCUCGAAUUGACCCCGCCCAUCCAGAAAUGACGGGCUGGGCUAUGAAGCAAAAUCGCCAAAAGCAAAGAGAUGGCGCGUCAGAUACCGAGGAUGAGGAUUAA